CGAAGCGCAUUUGCAUUGAGGAGGAGCGCCCAGACUUUGCGCGUACUCACAGGCUGAAGUUUACAGUCUGGCUUAGUUUAAGUUUAACCUUCAGAGUUUCCAGUUGCCGAGAGUUUGAUCAUGCUCAGUAAAGAAGAAAGAGGAGAAGCAGAAUAAAGACCCGGGCUGAAUGGGACUUUUAUAAAUUAUGCUUUGACUGUGAUUUACUGACUUGGAGUGCGCUCCCCCGGGCUGUGGUGGAUAUAUAGGGUCGACUGAAGACCUCUUAACAUUUGUUUUCUUUUGCGUUGGAGGAACUGAGUCAUACACUUUGCUUGCAGUGAUGGAGAGCCUCAUGUUAUUGACAUGGAUGCUGUUGUGUUCGCUCUUGCGGCCGUCUGCUACACAGAACCCCCCACCUGAAGGAGUGCUGAACUGCUGCGAGGGUGACGUCCUCUUCUUAUUGGAUUCCUCAGGCAGUGUAUCAUCCUAUGAGCACUCCCGCAUGCUCACCUUCCUUUCUGAACUCCUCCUUCCUUUCUCACUGGGAGAGGAUCAAGUGAGGGUAGGACUUCUGCAGGUGGGCACCCAACCACGCCUUGAGUUCGGCUUUGACACCUACAGCGACCAAAGUGGCCUCCAGGGGGCUUUGAGGGGUACCAAACCUCUCAGGGGGGACACUAACACAGUAGACGCGCUGAGAAUGGCAAGGGACCGGGUGCUGAGACCAGGAGCAGCAGAUGGGGCCCGGCCGGGGCUCCCGAGAGUGCUGGUGUGGUUGACCGAUGGAGUGAAACCGGGCGAUGUGAUUGGACCAAUGGCUGAGCUGCGGGAACAGGGCGUGGCUGUGCUGGUGGUCUCCACUGGGCCUGGUAACUAUCAGGUGUUUAGGCAAGUGGUGUCCCCACCUAUUGAAAGCCACCUGCACUUUGUGGACAUCGAUGACAUGAGUAUCAUCACAGAGGACCUGCGUAAUGCCAUCAUUGAGAUCAUCAGAGCCGAGCGAAUCAAUGUCAAAGACGUCUCUACCAACUCUGCCACACUCCAGUGGCGACCUGUUCUGUCCGGUUUGACGGGCUACUAUGAGAUUCGCUUCGGUCCGCUUCCCUCUGGAGGAGUUGGGGGUGGUGCUGGAGGUGGAACUGGGACCAGUCCGAGCACUGGUGGUAGCCAAUACCAGAGAAUCACCCAAUCUGCAGAUUCCAGCGCUACCAGGCUAACAGGCCUGAAGCCUGAUACAAUCUAUACAGCUACACUGACCCCGGAGUCCAAUGAACAAGCAUUUAACACUCUCUCUGUCAACUUCAGAACAAAACCAGAGGUGGUGAGUCCAGCUGUGGUGACUGUAUCUGAGUCAGGGCAAACCAGUGUUCGGGUGAGUUGGGGUCCUCUUCAGCCAGAGACGGUCACAAGUUACUACAUCGAAUACUCUGCCCUGCCCAGAGGCAAGCUCCACGCUGUCACAGUGGGCCGAACGCAAAACUCCACGCUCCUCAAGGGCCUCCAACCAGAUACCACCUACCUGGUUACUGUCAGCGCUCGGCAUGCCUCGGGCAAGGAGAAGGCAAUGUCUGUCAAAGUGUGUACUCAGGAAGAAACUCCAGCCCUGGCAGACCUUCAGCUGACCACAGUGGGUAGUGACUCAGUGCAGGUCGACUGGAAGGGCAGCGUGGCUGGUUUGAGGGGCUACUGGCUCACCUGGGAAGGAAAGCAAAUCUCUGACCCUGCCCAGCGUUCCUCCCUCUAUUUACCACCCGACUCUUUGUCAAAGCGCCUCACACACCUCCCCCCAUCGGCUAGGGUGUGUGUGUCACCCAUUUACAAGACAGCCCGGGGAGAGGGACUGUGUUGCACAGCACAGUUUGAGUCAGAUGCAUUAGCAUAUGGCUACCGAUCAUAGCACUCCUGAACUGCAAGUGCACCUUACCAAACAUGGAGGCAUGGCUAGAAGAAUGCUGACUUUCAUCCAUAAUUCUUUUCAGCGCCUCUCCCCUCUGUGGAUAUAAUCCAGGAGAGAUAUGUAGUUUGGCUUACUGAGCACUCACGUGGAAGCCAUAGACACUUAAGAGUGGUCUAGGACAAUAUGGUUACAUGUUGAUUGCUCCAAUCUGCAACACAGAGGACUAUUUGCUUUUCCAUCUCUAUUUUCUCAUCUGGUUUACACAUUUAGUAAAUGUAUAAUAUUUCAGUUUAAAGAUGCAGGCGUAAGAUAAAGAUAUUUCUGAGGUCUGUUUUGCAGACACAGAGCAGGAAACGCUGGGGUUGUUGGAUGUUUUAUGUGGCUUGUUUUGCAGAGUGCUUUGCACCAUAUGUGGGCCUCAUGGCCAAACCAGCAUUUUUUUCAAAUCCUGCUAAAGAGAACAUUUGAUUUACAUUCAUAAUGAAUACGUAUGGCUUAUACUUACAUUACUUCCCUUUCAGCAGGUUUGAUGACAUUGGAUACUUGUGUGUGCAAGAAGGGAAGGUUAACGUGUGGCCCUUUAAUAACAGGAGAUUCAGGGAUUGCUUUAAACUUUCAAGGAAUUAUGAACAGACCAACCCAAUGCCGUGAAGCCACAGAAAUGCAGUGUGUGUGACAGAUGUGUGUAACUGAAAGAAGUCUUGUAUUGGGGGUCUGCUCAUAGAGCCAUCAUUCAUAUUUAUUAAUCUAGAGUCAUGUAAGUAUGAAAAUUAAUAGCUUACAGUAUACAGACGUUUUUUGCAUUUUAAGACUGUUACCUUUUUAUAAGCUGGUCUUUACUGCCCCCUACUGAA